CGAGAGAUCCCAAUUCUUCGACAGCUGCGAACCGCAACCGAAAAUAACACUUCACGAUGCGCGGAAGACGUUCGAAGCAAUAUCGCAAGCUCAUGCACCAAUAUGGCCUCGCAUUCGGCUUCCGAGAACCAUAUCAAGUCCUCCUCUCCAGCGAAAUUAUCAAAGAUGCGGCACGGUGCAAAAUGCGCCUGGGGUCGAUGCUCGAGGGUACACUUCACGGACAGAUCAAACCGAUGAUCACACAAUGCUGCAUUCGACAUCUUUACAACGCCCAGGAUGGCGCCAAUCAGGCAGAGAAGGACGCCUGGAUCACAGUUGCCAAAGAGGCCGAACGGAGACGAUGCGGGCACCAUGAACUUGAGGAGCCGCUGAGCGAACUGGAUUGCCUGAAGAGCACCGUGGACCCGAAAGGAUCUGGGAACAACAAAAACUGCUACGUAAUUGCGACGCAAGAUGUUGAGGUGCGGAAAUGGAUGCGCGCCAACGUAGCUGGUGUGCCUCUGAUUUACGUUCAGAGGAGCGUCAUGAUCCUAGAGCCGAUGAGCGGGCGGACAGAGGAUGUAAAGAGUGCAGAAGAGAAGCGCAAGUACCGCGCUGGAUUACGGGACACGAGAGGAGCAAAGUCUACUGGCGAGAAGCGAAAACGAGAGGAAGAUGACGACGGGGAGGAGAGAGACGAGGAGGAGACGAACGGCGAAACACACAAAGGCGAAGCAGCGGAUUCAAUACAGACGCCGAAGAAGAAGAAGGCCAAGGGUCCGAGAGGUCCCAAUCCGCUCAGUGUGAAAAAGGGCAAAAAGGAAAAGAAGGAGAAGAACGGGCGCCCAAAGAUUCCCGUCAAACACUGGAAGGUUGAGAAAGCCACAGAAGGGUCAGAUCCCAGCGCGGAGUCUGGCGCGACAAAGCCUCGGGCCCAAGAGAGCAAAUAUGAGCGAGAGUCAAUAAAGAGGAAACGCAAGCGGGCAGCCAAGUCAGAAGCGGCUGCUGACACAACGGAUCGAGGUCAUACGAAUGGCGUUGGGGGAGAUUCGUGAUUCCUGGGUUCAAGCAAUGGGCAUGAUCUAUGUGAUACCUGCAUGGAGCGUCUUUUGAUGUGACGGCGUUCUCGGCGUUUCGUAGACUCUGUAUAUUUAUCGAAGCUGGCUAUGUUUGCACUGAAUUCAUCCUCCAGCUUUUUCCAUAUUCCAGUUCAGCGCCAAGUGCAGCAU